UGCCGCCGGGAAGGCGUGGAUUCCAAGAUGAUCAUAAAGGAAUACCGGAUUCCCCUGCCAAUGACCGUGGAGGAAUACCGCAUCGCCCAGCUAUACAUGAUACAGGUCCUAGCCUGUGAGGAGGAGAGCAUACUGGCCGUUCUGGCAGGCAGCUUGGAGGUGGCUCGAGCCUAGAUGUGCUUCAGUGAACAGGCAGGCAAGUGUAUUAGCCUCCUGGUGCCGUGCAAAGGACCACACAUACUAGCUGGCCUCAGACAGCAGAAACGAACUCCUGGAUCUCCUCAGACAGUCACCACCUCUCUUAGCUCUCACCGUACUGUCACACGGGUCACUGUAGAGCUGUCCCGUGCUCCAGGCCUGCAGUUACCAGCCGCAGGCGCAGGGCUGCUGUAAGAGAAGAAAAGCCGCAACGAGACCUAUGGACAAGGCAGUGGCGUGGAGAUCCUGGAGAACCGGCCCUACACAGAUGGUCCUGGUGGCUCUGGGCAGUACACCCACAAGGUGUAUCAUGUGGGCAUGCACAUCCCUGGCUGGUUCCGUGCCAUCUUGCCCAAGGCAGCCUUGCGGGUGGUGGAGGAGUCAUGGAAUGCCUACCCCUACACCCGAACCAGGUUCACCUGUCCCUUUGUGGAGAAGUUCUCCAUUGACAUUGAGACCUUUUAUAAGACGGAUACUGGUGAAAGCAAUGAUGUGUUCAGCCUGUCUCCUGUGGAAAAGAACCAGCUGAUAACAGACAUCAUCGACAUCGUCAAGGAUCCUGUGCCUCCCAACGAGUAUAAGACUGAAGAAGACCCCAAGCUGUUCCAUUCAAUCAAGACUCAUCGGGGGCCCCUCUCUGAUAACUGGAUUCAGGAGUACAAGAAGCGGCUCCUCCCCAUCAUGUGCGCCUACAAGCUCUGCAAGGUGGAGUUCCGAUACUGGGGCAUGCAAUCCAAGAUAGAGAGAUUCAUCCAUGACACAGGCCUGCGGCGGGUGAUGGUGCGGGCCCACCGGCAGGCCUGGUGCUGGCAGGAUGAGUGGUAUGGGCUGACCAUGGAGAACAUCCGAGAACUGGAAAGGGAAGUACAGCUCAUGCUGUCCCGAAAAAUGGCCCAGUAUGCAGAGGAAGAAGGAACAUCGGAGCUCUGCAAGGACAGCUCCCCUCAGGUCCAGGCAUCGACAGCAGCCUCUGAACCCAGCAGCAGCAAUGGGGAAACCCUGGGCCGGGGCCUGAAGAAGCAGUGGUCCACCUCCUCCAAGUCCUCAAGAUCCUCCAAGCGGGGAGCCAGCCCCUCCAGACAUAGCAUCUCAGAGUGGAGGAUGCAGAGCAUCGCCAGGGACUCCGAUGAAGGCUCGGAAGAUGAGUUCUUUGAUGCACAAGAGGAUCUGUACAAUGAGGAAGUAUUCCCCAAGGACAUCACGAAGUGGAACUCCAAUGACCUCAUGGACAAAAUGGAAAAUCCAGAGCCUGAGGACCCACAGGACGGUCUAUACCACCAGAGUGGCCCUGAGUUCGGGGUGGCCUCCAGUGUGGAGCAGCUAAACAUCAUUGAGGAUGAGGUGAGCCAGCCACUAGCCACGCCACCCUCCAAGAUUCACGUGCUGCUGCUGGUGCUGCAUGGAGGCACCAUCCUGGACACUGGAUCCGGGGACCCCAGCUCCAAGCAGGGUGACACCAAUACUAUCACCAACGUGUUUGACACCGUCAUGCGUGUGCACUACCCCAGUGCCCUAGGCCACCUAGCUAUCCGCCUGGUGCCCUGCCCACCCAUCUGUGCUGACGCCUUCGCCCUUGUCUCCAACCUCAGCCCCUACGGCCAUGAUGAGGGCUGUCUGUCUAGCAGCCAGGACCACAUCCCCCUGGCUGCCCUGCCCCUGCUGGCCACUUCUUCACCCCAGUAUCAGGAGGCAGUUGCUACAGUGAUUCAGCGGGCUAACCUGGCCUAUGGAGACUUUAUCAAGUCCCAGGAAGGUGUGACCUUCAACGGACAGGUCUGCCUGAUUGGAGAUUGUGUUGGAGGUAUCCUGGCAUUUGAUGCCUUAUGCUACAGUGGCCAGCCAGUGUCUGAGAGUCAAAGCAGCAGCCGCCGGGGCAGUGUGGUCAGCAUGCAGGACGCUGACCUGCUGUCCCCGGGCAUCCUGGUGAAUGCAGCACACUGCUCCAGUGGUGGUGGCGGUGGCGGUGGUGGUGGCGGAGGCUCCAGCCUGGAGAGUAGUCGGCACCUGAGCCGCAGCAACAUUGACAUCCCCCGCAGCAAUGGCACCGAGGACUCCAGAAGGCAGCUGCCCCGCAAAAGGAGCGAUUCGUCCACCUAUGAGCUGGACACCAUCCAGCAGCACCAGGCCUUCCUGUCCAGCCUCCAUGCCAGCGUACUGAAGAACGAGCCCAGCUCCCGCCGCUCAAGCAGUUCUACGAUGCUGGACGGUGCCGGGGCCCUGGGCAAGUUUGACUUCGAGAUCGCCGACCUCUUCCUCUUCGGGUGCCCACUGGGGCUAGUCCUAGCCUUGAGGAAAACAGUCGUCCCCUCCCUGGACGUUUUCCAGCUGCGGCCAGCUUGUCAGCAAGUGUACAACCUCUUCCACCCUGCGGACCCUUCAGCCUCCCGCCUAGAACCGCUGCUGGAGCGGCGCUUCCACACCCUGCCACCCUUCAACAUCCCCCGAUACCAGCGCUACCCGCUGGGGGAUGGCUGCUCCACACUGCUGGUAGAGACCGUGCAGAGAAACCCAGAGCUGGUCUUGGAGGGCGGCUCCCUGGCCCCUCUCCCCCAUGGGGACAGCUUCCUGGAGACCAGUGUCCCCGUUCCCGCGCUCACCUGGCAGGAUGGGCCCCGCCAGAGCCCGGGCUGUGCUGAGUCGGAUGCGCUCCAGACUCACAACACAGUCUUCCAAGAGCAUGCAGCCCCCUCAUCACCUGGCACAGCCUCUACCAGCCGUGGUUUCCGCAGAGCCAGCGAGAUCAGCAUUGCCAGUCAGGUGUCAGGCAUGGCCGAGAACUACACAGCAUCCAGCAUUGCCCAGAAGGGCCCCUCGUCGCUCAGCCACACUCCCAGUGUCAGGCGCCUAUCCUUGCUCGCCCUGCCCUCCCCAUCCCCUACCACCCAGGGUCCCCGUGCUAGGGCAAGGCAGGUGAGCCCCAACCUGGAGAGGUUCCCCUGCCUCCCUGACUUGGACAUCGGAGAAGUUGCUGCCAAGUGGUGGGGCCAGAAGCGAAUUGACUAUGCCCUGUACUGCCCCGACGCCCUCACAGCCUUCCCCACAGUGGCCCUGCCCCACCUCUUCCACGCCAGCUACUGGGAGUCCACCGAUGUAGUCUCCUUUCUGCUGAGACAGGUCAUGCGGCAUGACAGCUCCAGCAUCCUGGAGCUAGAUGGCAAGGAGGUAUCAGUAUUCACACCUUCACAACCCAGAGAGAAGUGGCAGCGCAAGAGGACCCAUGUAAAGCUGCGGAAUGUGACAGCCAACCACCGGAUCAAUGAUGCAGUUGCCAAUGAGGAUGGCCCACAGAUUGUGACAGGCCGGUUCAUGUAUGGGCCCUUGGACAUGGUCACCCUGACUGGGGAGAAGGUGGAUGUGCACAUCAUGAUGCAGCCACCGUCAGGUGAGUGGCUGUACCUGGACACUCUGGUGACCAACAGCAGUGGGCGUGUCUCCUACACCAUUCCAGAAACACACCGCCUGGGGGUGGGCGUCUAUCCCAUCAAGAUGGUGGUCAGGGGAGACCACACCUUUGCCGACAGCUAUAUCACCGUACUCCCCAAGGGCACAGAGUUUGUAGUCUUCAGUAUCGAUGGCUCCUUUGCUGCCAGUGUGUCCAUCAUGGGCAGUGACCCCAAGGUGCGCGCCGGAGCUGUGGACGUGGUGCGACACUGGCAGGACCUGGGCUACCUCAUCAUCUAUGUGACUGGCCGACCGGACAUGCAGAAGCAGCGGGUAGUGGCAUGGCUGGCUCAGCACAACUUCCCUCACGGCGUGGUGUCCUUCUGUGAUGGCCUGGUGCAUGACCCGCUGCGGCACAAGGCUAACUUCCUGAAGCUGCUCAUCUCUGAGGUGGGGCCUGGGAGCACUGGGUUAAGGAGGGGAGGGCUAGAAGACCCAGCCUGUGCCCAUGGUUGUCUCAUCCACAGUUGCACCUGCGUGCGCAUGCGGCCUACGGUUCCACAAAGGAUGUGGCAGUCUAUAACUCCAUCAGCUUGUCUCCCAUGCAUAUCUACAUUGUGGGCAGACCCACCAAGAAGCUGCAGCAACAGUGUCAGUUCAUCACGGACGGCUAUGCAGCACACCUGGCCCAGCUCAAGUACAAUCAUCGGGCACGUCCAGCCCGAAACACGGCCACACGUAUGGCCUUACGCAAGGGCAGCUUUGGCCUACCUGGCCAGGGUGACUUCCUGCGCUCCCGGAACCACCUGCUCCGCACCAUCUCAGCCCAGCCCAGUGGGCCCAGCCAUCGGCACGAUCGAACACAGAGCCAGAUGGACAGUGAGCAGCGGGGCCAGCGCAGCAUGAGUGUGGCGGCCAGCUGCUGGGGCCGUGCCAUAACAGGUCGCCUCGAACCCGGGGCAGCCACAGGACCCAAGUAGGACACCAUUAGGAGGCACUGUGGUCUCCAUGGUGCUAGGCCAGGGCACCAGCCCCACUGGGAGGCCUGGCCUGUGCACACAUAGGUGGCUGGGGACAAGCACAGACGUGGCCUGAGAGCUUGUCCCAGGGCCCCUUGGAAGACAUGGCCAUGACAACACAGUCCUCCCGGCCUUGCCUCAUGCCCUAGGCUCUGAGGAGCCCAGCUUGUCAUGGAAGCUGGCAGGAUGUCCAGCCCAUGAUGGAAGAGGAACCAGGAUGGGCUACCUAGCCCAGCCCGGGAGGCAUUCCUGGACAGCUUGCCCUGUGUUGAUCUCUCAGCCUCCUGGUGCCAAGCAUGGGUGUAAAGCCCAGCCUACCACCUCUGUGUCCACUGGCGCCCCUUCCCAUUUGGUAGCAGCUCCAGCGGGGGUCCAGCCUGCUUCUUGUUGACUCCGGUUCUCAACUGUCCAACCUCACUGGUUUUGCACUGGUUUUUGAGAGUGGAGACCUGUUACCAUCUCUCUUCUGGCUCCAGACAUGUUGACAUGCAUGAAACCCAGUAUCUGCUGAUCCAGGGUCUGUCACCACACAGAAUAUUCCAGUGUGGCAAAUCUUCACACAAGCAGGAGAGAAAGGCUAAAUCUUAAUUUCUGCCACCUGCCUGGGCUGCCAGCACUGUGGCAGGCCAGCGGCAGUCUCAAGACUGCUGCCUACCCAUCCACCUGCCCACCCAGAGCUCAGUGCAGUCACAGGACUGCUGUCAUUCCGGGUCCUGAGCACAGCACAGGCGCAAGGCCAGUGAAGUGCUUAGCCAGCUCCUUCUUGGUAACCCACCUUGGGCAGCUGGGCCUGUGAAGCCUGGCCUCCACCUCCACCUCCUCGCCUGCCAUGGGCUGGGGCCCCAUGCCAUGGCUGCUGUCCGCCGUGUUUCUAUACCUUUCUACUUCUCCAUCUGGUUUCUAUAAGAUUUUUUAACAGGCAGCCAGCGGCUGCUUCCUUUUCUUAGCUCAGCAUCAGUGCAGCCUGCUACAUUAGGAACACCCAGCACUGUGACAGGGUCCCACUCAGUCUGGCCUGUGGGCCCUGCACCUGGUCCACUCGGCAAGCUGUGGGCUUCUCGCCUCACCAGACCCACAAUUCCACCGACUUCCUACUCUGGGGCAGGUGGAGCUCUUAGGUUUUCUUAAUGCCAUUCCGUUUAAUGUCUACUCCAAGAAGCCACAGUUUGCUUCAUCAGCUUAAGGGCAGACAGCCAUUUUAUUUCUCCCUAAACAAGGACGGGUGUCCCACACUCUGGGUCUGAGCCCUGCCUUCCCCGCAGCACUGAGCACAAUUCUCUUGCACCUUCCCUGCGCUGACUGAGCCCACCUAGCUCAGGCCAGCUGUCCAGUGACGGGGCUCUACCUGAGGAGCUGCCACGCUGGACUGAGACUCAGGGCUGCAUGGCUAGGCUGAGUAGGUAGGCGUACAGGAGCCGCUGACUUUGCUGCAGAGAUAUGUGCAUCUCAGGGGCGUGAGAUGCCCUGCCAUGGUGGGCCUAGACCAAAAGAAAGCUAUUUAUUUUGUGCAGAGGAAAAAAAAUGUCUAGAGAGGCAAGACCUUCAUGGUCUUCCCCCUUAAGAUGUAGCUUUGCUGUUUCCAGCGUUCUGUAUAAAGCAGUGAUUGUUUUAUGGACCAAGAUUCCGAGGAACCGUCACAAUGAAAGUGCAAUAUCUGCCCCACCACUCCCCUGAAGGAGGCUGCUGGCCCGACAAUCACUGCCCCACUAGGGGUUCCAGUGGCCAGUGCUCCCUGCCGCAGCCCCACCCCGUCUUGCCUCAGCCUAGGUGACUAGCCAUUGGGAGAAGCACCUGGAAGCCUCAGGCCACCUGCAAUAAAGGCCAGGGAAGCCGUGGGGUCAGCGGGCUUGGUUUCUCCCCCUGGGCAGCCCCCUCGUGGCUCCGAAUGUCCCUGCCUGCCCAGCCGCCAGCCAUGCCAAGGACAACAGCAAUAGUCCCCUAGGGCUCUCCCAGGGCCCUUAGCCAUAGAUGGUGAGACGGCAGCCUUCCCCCAAACUUCAUUCAAGUCUGCUUUCUGCUUCCCUUACGAUUUCCUUUGGCUCAUUCUCUUGAAGAAGCCCCACUUUUACAGAAACUAAGAGAGGAAGGUCAAAGCCCCUUAAAAAUACCAAAAAUGUUUACAGUGUCAGGUGCUGAGCUGCAGGGCUCAGGCCUGGCCAUUCGUAACCAAAGGGUGAGGCAGACCUUGCUGACUGCCACCCACCCCAGGCCUGUUAGAAUAGAAGCCUUAGUCACUCCCUCCCCAUCCGCAGUCCCCAGGACUGAGCCUCAAUGCCACCCAGCACCAACCACCUGCCUUCUCUUUGAUUUCUAAAGAAGGAUUCAGCAAAGAACCCUCCCCGACCCCCUUCCUGGUUCUGUGUGAGCUGCCCACCACCCUGCCCUGUGACAUCUUCACAUCUCAGCCCUCUCCUAUGUGUCCCUGUCAUCUGUUUCUCUGGACGAUGUGUGAACCGUGUCCUGACCCCAUCCCUGCUGUCCUUGCAUCGUCUGGCCUGAGUGUGCUCUCUGUAUACCUGUCACAGUCUGUUACACCAAUUAAAGAAGCAGGAGGCUUC